AUGAGAAUUAAGAGGCUAAAACAGUACAGAAAAUAUGCAAAUCUUUUUAAGAUGAACCAUGGGUUUAAUCCUCCAUUCAAGUACAUAGUCGAUGGCUCUUUCCUUCAUAUGGCUAUGAAGACUAAUACUCCUCUGAAGGACACUUUCAGAAGGGUGUUUCAAGAUGAUAUGACUCUAAUCACAACAACUUGCAUUACUGCUGAGCUCCAGUCGAUGGGUGAAAAGGUCUCUAGAGCUUUAAACCUCUCCAAGAGCUUUAUUGUAGAACCAUGAAAUCAUGAAGGAAUUGUCUCAGCUGACGAGUGCAUCAAAGCCAAGCUUGGUGAUAGGAACAGGUUCAAGUUCAUCCUCUGAACUUUGGAUUACGACCUCGCUACUGAAGUUGCUUCAAAAAUGGUCGUGCCUGUCUUCUACUUCAAGAACAUGGUACUAAUGAUGGCUCAGCCUUCAGAGUUCCUUAAGAACAAGAUAGCCAUUAAGGAGCAUAUGAACCAAGACCUCAACGAAGACGAAAGAAAGUUCAUCAAGGAGAACAAGCAAGAAAUUUUGAAGCUGAAAUCAAAGGAAAGGAAGGAAGAAAAGAGAAAAAUAUUUGAAGAAGAGAAGUCCUUACAUGUCAUGUACAAAAAGAAGCAAGAGAAGAAAGAGCCUAAAGAGAAAAAGCGGAGGAAAAGAGCAGGCAAGAGAAAGAAGAGAGAUGUCAAAAGCGAAGAGAAAGCUCAAGAGGAUGUCGAAUAG